CGGCUCGUAUUCCAAUUCCGAUCGUAUCUAUAGUCAUAGACAAAUUUUUGUGUUCUCGUUCGUCUGUAGGAUUAAUAAUUUUUAGUAUUAGUUAAUUUAUUUUUUUAUUUUUGUACGGUCAAUAGUAUGCCAAGUUAACGACACCUUAGUUAGUUUCUAGUUUUGUAUAUUAUCAUAAGUAUGGCUUUCUCGAGCGAUGAACUGAAUUUUCUUGUUUAUCGAUAUUUACAAGAAUCCGGUUUCCAACACUCGGCCUACACGUUUGGCAUUGAGUCGCAUAUAUCCCAAUCGAACAUAAAUGGAGCGUUGGUCCCGCCAGCAGCUUUAAUCAGCAUUAUUCAAAAAGGUCUCCACUACACCGAAGCUGAAAUAUGUGUCGGAGAAGAUGGUUCCGAGCAACGUUUGACAGAGAGCCUGUCGCUGAUUGAUGCUGUCAUGCCGGAAGUUGUUGCCAGUCGCCAGAGCCGCAACCAACAAAAACAGGCAGUAGCCAAAAAUGAAACUCAAGAAACGAAUGGCGAAGAAGGUGCUCCAACUGUUACUCCAGCGGUAACUAGUACAGAGACGAUGGAAAUGGACAGUAGUAUUGAAAUUCCCGAAGACAAAUCUACUGUAUUGACGGGCCACGAAUCUGAGGUUUUCAUUUGUGCAUGGAAUCCUACCACCGACUUGUUGGCAUCUGGGUCAGGAGACAGUACAGCGCGUAUUUGGGAUAUGACUGAUAACUCUGGUUCGCUGAGUAUACUUAGGCAUUGUAUCCAAAAAGGAGGUACAGAAGUACCUAGUAAUAAAGAUGUCACUUCUCUUGAUUGGAAUUGUGAUGGUACAUUAUUAGCAACGGGUUCUUAUGAUGGUUUUGCUCGUAUUUGGACGAACAACGGUAGAUUGUCCAGUACACUCGGACAACACAAAGGACCUAUAUUUGCGUUGAAGUGGAAUAAAAGAGGAAACUAUAUUCUCAGCGCCGGAGUGGAUAAGACCACUAUAAUUUGGGAUGCUGCUUCUGGCCAGUGCAAUCAACAAUUUGCAUUCCAUACUGCACCGGCUUUGGAUGUAGAUUGGCAGUCAAAUAGCAGUUUCGCGUCUUGCAGUACUGAUCAAUGUAUACACGUCUGCCGCCUCGGUGUCGAUCGACCAGUCAAGUCGUUUGAAGGACAUACUAACGAAGUUAAUGCUAUAAAGUGGGAUCCGCAAGGAAAUUUGUUGGCAUCGUGUUCGGAUGACAUGACAUUAAAAAUUUGGUCAAUGAAACAAGAUACAUGUGUGCAUGAUUUACAAGCUCACAAUAAAGAAAUAUAUACAAUCAAAUGGAGUCCUACGGGUCCAGGCACUGCCAAUCCUAAUAUGAACCUAAUUCUUGCCAGUGCGUCGUUUGAUUCAACUGUACGUUUGUGGGAUGUUGAACGUGGAGCGUGCUUACAUACUUUGACCAAGCACACUGAACCUGUGUACAGUGUAGCUUUUUCGCCAGAUGGAAAAUUUUUGGCAUCCGGUAGCUUUGACAAGUGUGUCCACAUAUGGUCAACACAGAGCGGUCAAUUAGUUCACAGUUACAGAGGUACGGGUGGCAUUUUCGAAGUUUGCUGGAAUUCCAGAGGCGAUAAAGUGGGUGCGAGUGCAUCUGACGGAAGUGUGUUUGUAUUGGACCUCCGAAAACUUUAAAAAUAAUUUAAAUAAACCUUAUUAACUUCUAAGUAUUUUCACUAUUUUUGAUACCAACUAUUUACAGAUCAAGUGACUGCUCUCACUUAACUGAAUAAUUUGUAUGUUAGUGUGCCUUGCAUUAAGCCUAAGUACAAAAUAUACGAUACAAAACAAUUAAUGUCUUAUCACAGGAUUUUCACAAUUUUUAAACGCCACCAAAUAUUACAUUGUUUUUUUAUGAAAACUAUAAAUUAAUUUUUAGAUAACUUUUUAGAUAACUGUAUUAAAAAUAUGAUUAUUUUUACUAACGAAAAUUUGUUCAACAAUUUGCUUAUACCAAUGUACAUAUUAAAAUUAAACGUAUUUAUAUUAUAAUGAUAAAAUAGUUUGUUCUAUAAUUUAUACUUUGUAAGUUUUUUAUUUUUGACAUUUAAAUGUGUCGUUAACUAAUGCUAAAAUAUUCUAGUUUAAAAAAAAAAAAUAUUUAAUUAAUUAUUUAUUUAUUUUGUAUAAUAUUAUUGGUUAUAUGCUUUGGUGGAGCUGGGUAAUUGCUUAAAUAUGUAUACAUCUUACAAUAUUGAUACCUAAUAUUUUAGUUAUAUAAUAUGUGUACAUAUUAUCAUCUUGGACAAUUACAUUUUUAUCAUCCAAGUUGGAAUUAUUUUCAUGUAUUAUUUUUAGUAAAAAAAUAAAAUAUGUGCUAAUUUGUUAUAUUUUUUAGGUUGAAUAAAUUAAGUAAUUAUUUUUUACCGAA